UCUCCGGUCACAAAGUAGACUACUCCAACAGACGGACGUGUUUAGUGUUGCUAUCUUUCAUAGGAAUACAUUUUUAAUUCUUGAUCGAAAAUUAAAAUAAUUGAGCAAGUCGACUGGUUCAUUGACUACACAGAACCUGCUGUUUCCAGUGUCCAGAUCUACUGCUAUCAUGAAUGCUUACAAAGCUGCACUCUACGCUGACCGUUUAAAACAGUCCAGCCAGACCGUCAAACCUUUAGUGCCAAUGACAUCUCAAGAAACGGAUCCAAUUGAUAAACAUAUGUUCCAAACUGCUAACAUGACAUCGAUCACAGCCAAUACACUCCUAGAAAACAAUAACUACAUUCUGUACCAGCAUAGCCCAGAGUUUGAACUUGCACGGUUAGAAGCUGGGAUGAAGUGUGAACCCGUCUCUAUGUACCCCGAGAAAGACGAAGACUUCAGGGAAGUCUAUAUGUACCCCAAGAAAGAUUUUAGGGAAGUAGAGACCUUCACGUCUGCUUUUAACCAGCUGCCUAACUUCAACAAAAUUUUACUCUUUGUCUCAUUGGGGUUCGUCCUACUGACCAUUCUAAUGCUCCCAGUACUGGUUUGCACAGUCUCUUUUGGCCAUCAACUGGACGCUCGAUUAAAUAAACUACAUAAAGUAUUUCAAGAUGAGAGAGAGUUGGUACAUUCCUUCUUGCGUGACUCUCUGGUAGCAGAUCUCAAACUGAAAACCAAUGACACUUGUUUCUGUUUGUAUAAUCAACAAUUUUCUUGGAAUGAUGCCAGACAGUUUUGUCUCAAACUGGGAACUGGAGUCCAUCUGAGGGAAAUCUACAGCCAAGACGACGACUCCCUGAUGCCUCUAUUUCAAAAUACAAACCUUACUCAAGGAAUAUGGCUCGGCGGUUCUAAUUUGAUGAAUCAAAGUGUCUGGCUAUGGGACUACACAAGGACACCAAUUAGUCAAUGGGAUAACAAUCCAUCAAUUCAAUGGGAUCUUUCAGUUGACAGCAAGCAAUGUUUGGAAGUCUUCAAAGGGGACAAUGACAUCUACAAACUGAAUGGUGUUGAAUGUGAGGAUAAAAAAUCAUUUUUGUGUUCUGCUAAGUUAGUUGAUUCAGCAUGUGUUUGUUGAAAGUAGCCUCUGUCUUGUCAUCGCCUAAUGUCAAAGAUAACUUACUAGGCUUCACAAUAAGCAUUCAAUAGAAACCAAAGUUUGAAUUUUUAACAUAAAUGUGCCAUGGCUUAAAUAAAAUACCUCCUAGUCAGUAAAAAAAUAAAUACACUGAUUUAAAUAAGAAUUUAUUUUUUAAAAAUUGGGACAAAAUGUAAAUAGACCUUAACUGCUUGAUUGAUUGUCUUUAUUUCAUUUAAAAUAAGAUUUGUUUUUCAACAUUGUUAUAUAUAUAUAUUUAUUUUUAGAAAUACUUGUAGAAAGAGUAAUUAGAUGAAAGCCAUGGUAACUUGUUUAUUUUGUCUUUUCAACUCACCAACUUAUCAAAUAAAGUUUAUUUAGUGUAUUUGUAAAUACAUGUAAAUAUAAGUUUAACCAAUUUACUGUGUUGUAUAAAACUGAAGUUAUGUUUGCUCUUGAGUUUGACAUUCCGAUCAAGUCUCCAUUGUUCAAAUCAUGGGCGUAGCCAGGAUUUUUUUUCGGGGGGGGGGUUUGAACCCCAACCCCCCCCCCCCCUCUGGCUACGCCCAUUGUUCAAAUGUUGUUGUCACAUUUAUUCGUUUUGACUUGUCCAAUAAAACAAAAAACGACCUACUCAAAAUUUGUCCUUCUGACACUGAGUUGUAGCCUAUUUUAAAUCUGCCUCAUUGUGUUUCUCGGUAUUUAGAGAAAUGAGAUAGGCAAAUG